AUGCCAUUAUUUUCGUCGAUUUUGGGACGACGCCGUGAUCCGGGAGACACAGAAGAACUACAGACUUCGGACUCCAUCAAUGGGAAUUCAGGGAACAAUCACCGAGCGCCCUCGCCACCUCCUUCGAAACUCGUCUUCCACUGUCAACAGGCCCAGGGUUCUCCAACAGGGAUCAUAUCUGGCUUUACGAACAUCAAAGAGCUCUACGCGAAAAUCGCCGACUGCUACGACAUCUCUGUUUCAGAGAUAUUGUUCUGCACUCUCAACACACACAAAGUGGACAUGUCCAAACUCCUUGGAGGGCAGAUAGGUCUAGAAGAUUUCAUCUUCGUUCACCGGAAAGGUCAAGUGAAGGAAGUUGAAAUACACAAACAAGAAGACUCCCUGGGCUUGACCAUCACCGAUAACGGGGCUGGAUACGCGUUCAUAAAACGAAUCAAGGAAGGUUCGCUCAUGGAUAAAAUCGGUUUCGUCCAGGUUGGAGACCACAUCGAAAAAAUCAACGAGACCCCCAUGGUGGACUGUCGGCAUUACGAGGUGGCCAAAGCUCUGAAGGAAAAAAAAGGAGACAUCUUCAUUCUGAGGCUCGUCGAACCUCUGAAAGCGGGAUUCUCCAAUAUCGGACCCAGGAACGGGAGUUCGAAAAAAUCGUCGAACUACGGCUCCGGGAAGGAGACUUUGAGAUUGCGCUCAAAAGGUGCAGCCACUGUGGAGAAUGCGCCCGAUGAUGCCAUGCAACUCGCCGUAGAGAAAAUAAACUCGUGUCUCGAGUCCUUCAUGGGGAUCUCUGAUUCCGAGCUCGCCACUCAAAUCUGGGAACUCGGCUCAUCAUCUCAGAACCCUCAUCUGUUCAUACAAGCUCUAGAAAACUCCGAAUUAGGGGCUUUCAGUUUUACUCAAGAUUUCAUGCUGGAUCUGUGGGGAGCGAUCACCGAUGCGAAGUGCGGCCGAAUCCAAAGCAUGUCCAAGUCGAAUACGUGA